UUUGCUUAAAUAAAGGCAAUAAUGGCGGGUUUGGGAUUUUGUUCAUCAUCAUCAUCAGCUUCUGCAUCGCGGUUCACAACUCUCCUGUUCAUCAGCAAAGCCUCCUCAUCGAGAUCUGUAAUUUCCACCCCACAAUUCUGAAUCUCGUCCCCAGAGUCCAAUUCCAUAACAAGAUAUCCCAAUUCACAGCCAAUUCGACCAUUCCAACCAUUCCAACUAGCCAUUCUAAUCAACUCAACCAAUUCAACUAUGGCAACCUCUACAAUCCGCAAAGCCCUCAUCACCGGCACCGGCGACCUCUCCAAUGUCCAAAUCGUCACAGCGACCAUUGCCCCACCGCCACCUAACCAUGUGCAAGUCAAAGUCCUGUACUCGGGCUUCUCAGGUGCCGACAUCAACAUGCGGCUAGGAAUCUAUCCUAACCAGAAAAAGGCACCAUUAACACCUGGAUACUGCUUCGUAGGCCGCGUCCACGUCAAUGGCAGCGACUGCAAAAAAUUCACACCGGGCGACCUUGUCGUCUGCCUCAGCGUCUAUGACGCCGAAGCCGAACUUGCAAACAUGCCCGAGAAAUAUCUCGUCCCUGUCCCUGCUGGUCUCGACAUCCAACAAGCCGUCGCCCUAACGCUCGACUGGAACACCGCCUACGGGAUGGUCUACCGCACCGCCAAAGUGACCAAGGGCCAACGCGUCUUCAUCCACGGUCUUAGCGGCGCCGUCGGCUACGCGCUCAUGAAACUCUGCCAACUCGAAGGAGCGGAGGUCUACGGCACAGCCUCGCAGUCUAACCAUGCGGCACUCCGCAACGAAGGUGCCAUCCCCUUCGUCUACAGCAACAAAGACUGGAUCAUGGCCAUGAACGCCAUCGGUGGUGCGCACGCUGCCUUCGACGCUCUGGGGUUUGAAUCCUGGGAUGAAUCCUUCUCCAUCCUAGCGCCUGAAGGCGGGCAUUUGGUCGGGUUUGGAGGAAACCUGCCUAUGCUGACGGGUGGCAAACACCGCAGUGUUAUCCCUGCGGUGACGAAAUUAUUGGCUAGGAAUAUGGUUCCGUUUUGCCCGAAUAAAACCUCGUUUUAUUAUAUUGGCAGAGAUCAGUCCACGUUUGAACCAGAGUUGAAGAAGCUGUUUGAGAUGAGUCGCGAGGGCAAGAUUCAUGUGCCAAUUAGGAAGAUUUGGGAGCUUGAGGAGGUCCCUGAGGCGCAUCGGACUUGGAAUUCGGCCGGUGGUAUUGGGAGUGUUUUGGUUAGAGUUGCAGAGGAUGAUGGGAAGGCUUGAACCGGAAAGAUGGGUGGGAUUUAGGGUUCGGUUCGAGUUGGAUUGGAUG